AUGCCAGGGCCAGAGUGUAAAUGGAGCGCUGAAACCGGAGCUCCCUGUGGCACCGACGACAGCUCCGGCUGCCUGGCCCCCGUGUUCGUGUACGGGACGCUGAAGACGGGCCAGCCCAACCACCGGGUCCUGCUGGACGGCGCCCACGGGCGCGCCGCCUUCCGGGGCCGGGCCCGCACGCUGGAGCCCUACCCGCUGGUGAUCGCGGGCGAGCACAACAUUCCGUGGCUGCUCAAUCUGCCGGGCCGCGGGCACCGCGUGGCCGGCGAGGUCUACGAAGUGGACGGGCGGAUGCUGCGCUUCCUGGACGAGUUCGAGGACUGCCCCGACAUGUACCAGCGCACCCGCCUGCGCGUGGCCCUGGAGGGCGCGCGCGCGCCCCUGGAGUGCUUCGUCUACACCACGGCCACCUACCCGCCUGAGUGGGUCCACCUACCGUACCUCGACGACUACGACUCGCAGGGGAAGCACGGGCUCCGCUACAACCCGCGGGAAAACAGAUGA